CCGGACCGGACCGGAUUCUAACCCGCUACAAGUUGAAGCUAAACUACGAACUAAAACACCAUGUGUCAUUUUAAUGACCAAAAUAACAAAAACAGAAUAUUUUUCGAUCUUCGGAGCAGCACAAGAAUUCUUAUUUCCGGGAUCUACCUGAGCUUCAACAAGCUGCAGGAUUCAGGAGUGAAACAUCUGUGUGGUUUUCUGGAGAAUCCAGACUGCAUCCUGAAGAAUCUGAGAUUGGAUGGCUGCAGUUUGUCAGAGAUCAGCUGUGAUUCUGUGGUCUCAGCUCUGAAGUCCAACCCCUCCCAUCUGGAAGAACUGGACCUGACUGGAAACAACCUACAGGAUUCAUCAGUGAAGCAUCUGAAUGAUCUUGUGAAGAGUCCCGACUGCAGCCUGCAGUGUCUGGGCUGGUAGUGAUGCUGUUUGUACUGAGAAGAUGAAGCGUGUCCUGAUGAUCCACAGACCCUGACUGGACCAUGUUACUGGGAGGUGGACUGGCAACCAGUUUAAAGUGUGUUGUUAGGGUCAGCUGGGUGUAACAGAAUAACCAGCAAUUUAUUGGUCAGUGACAAAUUAACACAAAAAAACAGUGAUAAUACAAAGAAAAGAGGGCUGGUGGAUGCUGCUUCAUCAAAAAACCAAAUAAAACCAAACGAAGGAUAAUAAGUUCUCAAACUAGCUAAAGAAAUACAAAACAACUAACUCCUUAGCCAAACAUAAGCGCAAUAGACCCCAUAAUGAACAAAAGAAACAAAAAAGAAAAAAAAGUGCUUCAAAGCAAACUGUAUUUUAAAGACUUUUUAGCAUCUUUAGGACAAUCUGGUGCAGAUUUGACCCAAUUUAUACAUAAUACUCUGUAUAGUCACUCAUUCUAUCUAUAAAAUAGUUCCUAUAUAUCGUCUACAUCUGCUCCCAGAGUGGUUCUUGUGUUUAGAUUCACUGCAAACUCUCAAAGGUGUGUUUGAGAUUUAGUGACUACAAAGGUCUCAGCACACGAUUCUCCUGUUAUUUUACCUGAUAAUGACCUUAUCUUGCUAAUUGAACAUGUUUCCAACCACAUUAAAUUACAGUACUGACACCUUUAAUUAAUAAAUGUAAGGUAGUACUUAAGAGGAAAUGUCUAUGUACAACUGUAAACGGCAUUUAGAAGACAAUCAACCCUUUGAUCCAUACUCUGCUAUUUCGGCAACCAUCCAAUAGGAGGCGCCGUCACAGAUGCUGGAGCUGUGACGUUGUAACUGUGAGGUCUCUGAACCAGAACUGGGCCAUUCCAUUACAGUCUCAUCCAUCUGUCCAGUACAGGAAUAUUGGUUUUAGCUAAUAGCUGUACAGUACAAAAAGGUUUAAUAUGUUGUUAACAAAUACAUACACAAAAUAAAUUCUUUCAUAUUUCUA